ACGGUUAGAUGAUACCAAUUUGUUAGCGUUUUCAUUCGAUGGCAGAAAAGAUGAUACUUUAACGAUAGAUAAAAUUGAUGAGAAGUAUCAUACUAGGAUGGUAAAAGAACCUCAUCUUGUUAUUUUGAGAGAACCCAAUUCUGAAUUGAUUGGUUACGUAAGACUGGAACAUGAAACCGCUGAAUACAAAAAAACCAAAUUAAAUGGUUUUUUCAACGAUAAAAAUAUAUCACUGGAUACAUUAAUUGGAAUAUGCACUGACGGUGAGCCAACAAACCCUGGCCCACACGGUGGAAUUAUACGACGAUUCGAAUUGCUGUUAAAAAGACCAUUGCAUUGGUUUGUUUGCCUUCUACACUUCAACGAACUUCCGUUUCGGCAUUUGUUUGAAGCUUUGGAUAAAUCAACCAGCACUGGACCAAGAUCGGCAACCGGAAAACUGAGCCGUCAAAUCGAAACUUGUGAAACUCUUCCGGUGGUGGACGGCUUCCAGAAAAUUGAGUUGCAAAAUAUGCCCCCUGCUCCAGAAAAAAAAGAAUUUUCCACCGAUUCGAAGUACUUAUACGACAUGGCCCAUGCAAUUUCUAGCGGCGUGGUUCCGGUGGAUCUGGCUAACAUCAAACCAGGGAAAACUGUACAUUCUCGGUGA